UGCCAUGGAGCCGUUGGAUCGGUUGACGAGUUUGAGGAGUUCGCUCAAAACAUCUUGCUUUCUCCUGAUAUCUUUCUAUCAAAUUAUCCAUUUUAUCGUCGUUUAGCUGUAUUUUUUUCUAUUAAUGUGCUAUUAAAAUCGCCACAGCACGUUUGCUGUUAGCGAGCCAGCUUAUCUGACUGUUUAGUUUUGGUUCUGCGUGAACACAACACAGCUUAAGGCUACAAUUUGGACGUGUUGCCAACAGUCAGUCAGUCAGCUUUAAAACAGGACAUAUUCAUCAUAUUAUAACGUAAUAUUAAUAUUAUAAUAAUAUUAAAAGCCAUGAAGGAGCCUGAUUCGUUGCAUGGGAGAGCAGAAGAGCUAAAAGCCUCGAAUGAGGCAUUAGAAUUCCUUUCCAGUAUCAGUCCCAGAAAAGUCGAUCAGUGCUUGUUUGUAGACUCUCUGGUGACUGUAUCUGACAGUGGAAGGGAGCUGGGAGAAUUCUGUGUUAGCGUACAGAAGGCCAGCUACCACAAUGAGCCCUGCUAUCUGGUUCAUGCCAACAGUCACGGGACAAUCGAUAACAUACCCUGUGGCACUUCCAUUGUGGCCUAUGUAUCCAAGAGCCUUGAGACACUUGAACAGAAUCAUCAUGAAUAUAUGAAGAUGCAGGGACACACAUUGGACAGGAAAGUAAACAUCGUGAGGCAAGACGACCAUCUAGUGGUGAACAGAGUUAUUACAGAGAAAGAGGAAAUAAAGAAGCAGACAUUCACAUUCCCACUGCAGUCUCUACAAGGUUUUGUUUCUGAGGCCUCCAACCUCCUAAUCCAGCGCAUUUUAGCUCGGGAGAAGAAGAUUCCAGAGAAAAUGACAUUCCUGUCUUUUGCUGCUGACACCCAAAUUAGGGUGUCAACCUAUACGGAGCUGGGGACAAAGAAGCAGAUGGUUGGCAAAGAAGUGGUGGAUGUGUUUGGCAUUGAGAGGACCAUCUCCUGUGGAGAAGAUAUCACAGAAACCUGGCACUGCUACUUUCUUCAGGAUGGGCAUUUAGCAAGCAGAGUACAGGUAGGCUCUCCAGUGAUGAUGAACCUGCUGCAGCUUCCUCCUACAGUCAGUAAAGACGAAGACCAGAAGCCAGUGUUUGAGAAGAAGCCUCUGAUAUGGGAGGAGGACAUGGAACUCCAUUCCAAGUUUCUGGACAGAAAGGAAGAGUUGAAAGCAGACCACUCCUCCUAUGUUAGACAUCACCCUGAGCUGAAGACUCUGUUGGCAGACUUUCUUCAGUUCCUGUUGUUGAGGAAGCCUCAAGACAUUUUCUCUUUUGCCCGUGACUUCUUUGCUCCCUUUGACGCUCGGCGCCCACCGGGCAGCAGCUUCAAGACUUCACGAAGCAUGAUCGUUCCUAAAGUACUGGGAGAUAAUAAAUCCUAGCCAGUCAAGCCUUUAUCUUGUGCAUUGAAUAUUAUAAUAAAAGAUUACUUUGUGAACUAAA